AUGAGUUUAUCCAAAAUGACUUUGAUGUUUUCAUGUCUGUUCUCCAUGACACUCAAGUCUUUCGAGGCUUCGUUAAUUUCAAGACUAACGACUGUUUCUGAAGAUGGCCAGCUUGCGAUACCAUACUUUUCUUUAAUUUGGUUUAUCUCCGCAAUAAUCGCCUGUCUGUCGGCUUCAGGAUUACUCUGGAAGGUCUUGGUUAAGCGGUCCAAAAGCUUCAAAUCUUCAAUUUGGGUUCACGGUCUUCUCAAACUCAGUUCUCCUUUGCAAGAAUUCUGUUAUCUUUUGCUUCUCCUCUUGUGCAACCUUCUCUUUGGCCAACUUCUCGUAAAGCGCAAACUGUUGACCCUUGUUGACCUUGAUCUCCGCAAUAGCAAAAUAUUUUCUGGAAGAGAUCUUUGGAAUCGACUCGAUUCUAACUAUAUCGCCCUCUUUGCACAAGUUGCCCUCAUCGUGGACAAGGUAAUCUUUUCUCUUGAUCACUUCCUUGUGAACCCUCGUGUCGUAAGCCUUUGUUUGAACUCUGACUUUCACAGUCUUGUUCAUUUUUCCUUGGGAUACGACCAACCCCACGAAGUUUUGUCUGGCCAUUUCGAAAACGGUGGUCCAAUAUCUGUUCUGGGAAGCGAAAACUACACUUGUGGUGCGCUUAGUCGGAAGAAAAAAAAUGAAAAAUUCGGUGUGUGCACACUCUGUCCAUAUCAGUAUGCCACUACUGACGAUACUAGAUACAAGGCAGAAUAG